CGACCUUGCAUUCGGAUUAUAGAUCCAUCUGUCUUCAGUAGUAUCGCAAAAUCAUCACCUCUGAAUUAUUCAAUCAAUCGAGAUCAGUCUAGUUCCUCAAUACCAUUUUCAUCUGAUACGAGAUGUGAGAAGAAUCAAAUACACCCGAGUUCCCGAUUUGAAAGGUGUAACAAUCACGGAGGAAAGUUCAGACUGUCGUCUGUUUCAGCAUUGAAAAAUCGCGGUCUGUCGACGUCAGCGCUUCUGAAUACUUAGUUCGUCGCCUAGAUGGCCUUCAGCUCGUUCUUCGAGGCCGGCCAGUAUUUUUGCUGAGCUCAAUCGUUGUUUACAUCCCGAAGCCGCUGUCCGUCCAGCGAUCCGGGGAGAGAGCGGAGAGGAGCGGCGAAAGAAAAUUUCUUGUGAAAUUCGUCGCGCUGGCCCCCCUACGGCACUAUCAGUCUCCCAUCAGUGAUUCCUGAUCGCUUGAACAGUGCAGAUAACCGUGGUAAACGUGAGGCCGUGAUGAAGGUAACCGUGACCACGCUCAGCGACGAUAUCUUCGUCCUGGACGUCAGCGAGGACCUGGAGCUGGAGAACUUCAAAGCGUUCUGCGAGAUCGAGAGCGGUGUACCGGCUCACGAGAUCGUGAUCGCUUUCAAUGGCCUGCCUCUGAUGGACGAUAAGAAGUCCCUUAAGGAUUACGGGAUCCGGGACGGUGACGCGGUGAUCCUCCAGCACAUGCACCAGAGCGGCACCGACAUGAACCUUCACCCCUUUAACGGAGCUAUUCCCAUGUUGGACUGCAGUUCCAUCAGAGUACCAGGGGUAUCAUCAAAUAAUGCUGCCAGAGUACAGACUCCCAGGAGCGAUGAUAAUCCAGCUAGGAUACGGGACAUGUUCCUGGCUAAUCCAGAUCAGCUAGCAUUGCUGGAACAGAAUAAUCCUAGACUGGCUGACGCAUUGUUGUCAGGGAAUCUAGACAGAUUCUCUACUAUACUUAGAGAGCAAAUUAAAGCUAGGGAAGAACGUCAGGCUCAAAGAUUGAGGAUGAUGAAUGCAGAUCCAUUCGACACUGAAGCUCAAAGACUUAUAGCUGAGGAAAUAAGAGAGAAGAAUAUUGAGGCCAACAUGGAGGCUGCUAUGGAAUAUAACCCUGAGACGUUCGGAACAGUUGUUAUGUUGUACAUUAAUUGUAAAGUCAAUGGAUUCCCUGUUAAAGCGUUUAUCGAUUCAGGUGCGCAGACCACCAUCAUGUCUGCCGCCUGCGCUGAAAGGUGCCACAUCAUGAGACUCGUGGACACCAGGUGGGCUGGUGUAGCUAAGGGUGUUGGAGUCCAGUGCAUCAUUGGUCGCAUACACAUGGUACAAAUUCAAAUUGGCAAUGAUCAUCUGACAACAUCGUUCAGCGUCCUGGAAGAGCAACCUAUGGACAUGUUGCUUGGUCUGGACAUGCUGAAGAGGCACCAGUGCUGCAUAGACCUUAAAAAGAAUGUCCUGAAGAUUGGUACUACUGGCACUGAGACGACGUUUUUGGCAGAGGGUGACUUGCCAGAGUGUGCAAGGCUAAGUGGCAACAACGACGAAGUGUUCGAUGACAGGGAACUUCAGAGGGCUCUGGAGGACAGUUCUAGAGAUGCAAAGAAACAACGUCAGCAGACUGACGGUCAAGGAACCAGUAACUCUAGCGAUGCACCAGCAGUGCCCUCUAAUACAACGGCGUCCGUUGAGACAAUUCUGCCAACUGAUCCGUUCACAGAGGAGACGGUGAUAGAGCUCGAGGCGCUGGGUUUCACGAGAGUUCAAGUGAUCGCUGAGUUGCGUAGACUUAACGGCGACAAAGCUCAAGCACUCGCCGCGUUGUUCGCGAAAUCCUUGAAGUUUUAAAAUCGACGAUGAGUCAGGGAACUAUUUUUAACUCGGGGCAAAGAUGCUAAUGGAACGGGAGGAUUUGUACUUCAUUUUUUUCGUAGUGACUUUUAUCGUCGACAAUUGUACAUUCGAUGCACCGGGUGACCAACGAUGCUCAGAUUCAAUUAGGUUUCAAAAUGCAGCGAUGCAUCAUGUGUAUACAAUUUCUCCCUUGUUACAUGCGCAGAUAUGGUAAGGACUGGCCUUGUGUGCUCCGCUAUCUAAAUAUGAUUAUCGCAAUACACAUAAUUUUAAGGGCAGCGUAAGGAAAAUUAAAGUGGAUAAAAGAAAUAGUAAUACAUUCGAAUGUUCCGUUCGUGGGUACGUGGUAGAUCGAAGCAAGUGAAAUUUUGUACUAGAUCCAUUCCGGAAAUGGAGGGUAGGGGUGUUUUGUUUCGCGAACGUUGCGGACUGAAGAAUUAGUGCCUCCAUAAUUUAUUGAAAAUUUGCCGGACCAAAGGUUCUGUGAGUUCGUUCUUCUUAUUACCUUCUGCGAGGUGACCGUACCCACUUAACAUCAUUGAACCUACACGAUGGACAUGCAUUUUGUACUGUUAAUAACGAUUUAGGGUACUUGGUAAUUUUCUGUAUUUUCUUUAUUGCAUAUUAAAAGAUGAAAAAUUCGAAGAAGAA